GGACACGCCUACCAAGCUAUCCACACGGAGCCGGUGCGUACGUAUACUAACUGCGUAUAUUGCAUACAAGCCACGUACUCGUCGGGCGCGCAACCACCUCAAUACAUCAUACACAGCAGCCAGCCACACGAUACCGUUGUUGGACGACGUAGGUAGACUACACCGCAACGGUUAACAGCGACGUUACGCGGACUUGCAGAUAACACCCUACAACAACAGGAGCCUACGACGAUUAUCCACCAUGUUCUCCAUGUAUUCUUCUUCGGUUUGUUUGUAUUACAUGAGAGGGUCAUGCCGGUUCGGCAACCAUUGCUGGAACUCGCAUGAUCUAGGAACCGUCCGCACCGACAUGUACAAUAUAUACGAGGAUGAGGAAAUCAACUUUGUUGUUGGAGCAAGGAGAGAAACUACUCCGAUGACUGCUUCACCAAAUAGAAGUGUUUCUGGACCUAGACAAAAAAAUCAAGUUCUUCCUGAUUCAGCAAAUAAGUCAUCGGAAACUCAUGAAGCCGCAUCGUCUGCAUCCCAAGAUAAAUGGUGCUUAAAAAAUAUUGAUACUGAGGAGACAAGAACAGGUUCACCCAAUAGUGUGCUUGUAGAAACUGUAAAAAAAUUAAAUGAAGCUGACAAUUUGGUAGAAUCACUUCGUGAACAGCUACGUGUUAAGAAUGAGGAAGACAAUUUUUCUUGGAUUGAAUAUCAAAUGGAACAAUGCCUUAAAAGUGAUCUACAAUGUAAUAUAUGCUAUGAAAUGUUCAUCAAGCCAACUGUGCUUAAUUGCUCUCAUACAUUUUGUCAUGAAUGCAUAGAGUCAUGGACCCGAAGAGUUAAUCACUGCCCAACAUGCCGAGUUUAUGUAAAAAAUAAAUCAUACUGUCUAACUUUACACAACUAUUUGGACAAAAUAGUUGACUGUUUACCAGAUGAAAUAAAAACAAGGCGGGAAACUUUAAAAUUCGAACGCAACAAUAAUAGAGUAUUAACAGUAGAGGUUAGUAAAAGUCAAAGAAAUAAUGCAAGGAGAAGAAACCAUAGAGAUCAGUCCAUACGUGAAGCAUUAGGUGUGCACAUAUGGGGUGAACAUAAUCGAGAUGGUGCUGAAUGGAAUAUUGCCCCGGAAGAACAAUCAUUUGAUGUAUUUGGUAGAAAUAGAGAUGAUUGGGAUGACUGGGAUGAUGAAGUGCCUGAUGACACCUUGCAAAGUUAAGUUUGCAGUUAUUGUGAUAAUAUGGGACACUCAAACUCAGCGUCCAACUGCCCCAAAUAUGGAGGAGAUUGGUGAUAUAUAGUAGAGCUAAUCACUUUUUUCUACUAUCCCAUUAUAUUUUGCUUGCGUUGAAGGCAACACUGUUUUUUCGGGACUUAAUUUUGUAUUUUAUGUAAUUCUUUUUUUACAUAUAUAAUAUAUAUUAUAUUAUAAAUAAAAAUAUAAUAUUUGUAAUGUAGCUGUUUUAAUUAUUAGAAGUAGUUUAUGUCAUGAA